UCCUGAAAAUAAUCCCAUUGUGAAAAAACUUGUUUUGGACCUCAAAAUAUGAUUAGUUUGUACUUAUCAGGCGAUUUGACCUUUUCGAGACGGAGGCUUUUUAAUCGCAUAAGUGGGUAAUUCGCCACCACUUUGGGGCCGCCUCCAAUUGCCGCGAUGACGUCAUCCAUUUCCUGCAAGAAGGAUAUCCGUGCACGUCUUCUGCUCCUCCUGCUGCUGGUUAUUGCAGACGGCGCGAUUGGUGUGGACAGGGAUGUACCGAAUCGAUGUCCGGGUCCUCCAGAUAAAGGACCUUGCAACAGGAACAUCUACAAGUGGGCGUACAGCGAGGAGCACAAGAUGUGCUCGAUGUUCAUAUGGGGUGGAUGCGCCGGGAACGAGAGGAACCGCUUCGACACGGAGCUGCAGUGCGUCAAGAGAUGCAUAAAUCAAAACAUGACGAGCGCAAACAAUAAUCCUGUUCCGACGAGAGAUCGUGGACCCCAAUUGACGUUCCUCGAAACCGGACAUCAGAAUACUUUCAUGUUCGCACAGUCCAAUACGUUCAUACAGAUCGAUGGAGAUAUCAUACAAACCUUUCAAUUGAGGUUGUGUCGUCAGAUAUCGUUUCAAUUUCGCACGAGGUUACCACACGGUUUAUUGGUAUACCAUAACGUGAAGGCACCAUCAGGAGUUUCUUUGCAGCCUUACGCCCUUUACAUCAUCGUGCAGCAAGGACAACUCAAAGUGGUUCACGUUUACGGAAAGCAUUCGACCGCGUUAACAGUUGGACGUGGAUUGAACAGAGACGAAUGGCAUUUUGUUACGGUAAGGAUCGACGUCCAUGCGGCACGGCUCAUGGCCACAGUCGAUGAACUGAAAGGCGAGACUCAUCUGAAGGGUUUAGAUAAGGAAAGCAAUUACGGUGUAUCUGCUAACAUAGCUUCUGUAAUACUAGUUGGAGGUUUAAGCUCCGAAGAACGCUUGCAUGGUGUUAAAUACAUAAUAGAAUCGUUCGUUGGGUGCAUCAAGGAUGUUAUUUUAAGUACAGGCAAAUCUGCCUCUGAUUUGCUUCCCAUAACACCGUUGAUUGCCACGAAGCACGAAAACGUCCAAGAGGGCUGUAUAAACAAGUGCAAGACUUACGACAACCUCUGUUUCCAAGGCUCCACUUGCAUCAAUCACUACAACAGUUUGACCUGCGAUUGUUUUGGAACUCAAUACGAAGGAGAAUACUGCGAUAUUUAUACUGCGACUGUCUUGACGAUGCGUGGAUCUUCUUACGUUUCGUACAGAGUUUAUGAUUGGAAAGAUAGGGUUCAUUCGGCUAUGAAUCGGUUUUCAAUGCUCUUCAAGACAAGAUUCGAUGAUUCUUCCUUGUUCUAUGCAGCUGGUGGUGAAGAGGGUAUCGACCAUUACAUUGCAGCUUCCAUUUACAAUAACUCGGUCUACAUAGAAAUCGAUUUCGGCGAUGAACCCAUCAACACUAUUCUAGGAAAAUCCAACAAUUUCACCGAAUGGAACAACUUGACCAUUUUCCACGAACACGAACGAAUCCAUCUGGUGCUGAACGACGAAUUGGUGACCAUAAACAUCAGCAGAAAUCCUCUAUUAUAUAUAGAUCCUGAGAUUUACAUUGGAGGCGGCCCAGAGUUGCAGAAGAAGAAAGGUUUAUGGUCGCGAAACAAUUUUGCUGGUAGCAUAAAGUACGUUUUUUACAACGACAUUUCGAUCAUUUAUGAAUUGAAGAAGAUGAAUCCGAAAGUCCAUUACAUCGGUAUUUUGAGACCGGAAUUCUACGAGGCCGAUCUCGAGGUUAUACCUUUGACCUUUCCCUUUGCUUCUUCGUACAUUUGGUGGCCCAACGAGCACACGGAUUACCUUUACUUGAUCUUCGACUUCAAAAGCAGCAGCAAUCUUAGCGUUCUCGCUUCGAGCGAAGCGCAAACCGGCAUCUACUGGGAGAUAAGAUUGGUCAACGAUGAAAUCCGUUUCGAGUUAUCCGACUUCAAUAAGAAUUCGACAUAUCUGUUGAGCGUGAAGAAGACACCAGGAAUUUGGCACACGCUCACUUUGAAAUACGAAGAUGAAGAAUUAUUUUUGUCCGUCGAUAACAAAUAUAAAAAGGAGAAUCUUGUGGAUUUAAAGUUUACCAUUGGUGAUAAGAUUAAGAUUGGAAGUGGGUCCAGAUCAAACGCGGGCUUGGUGGGAUGCAUGAGGGAUAUUGAAGUGAACAACUAUAAAUUGGAACCGAGAUCCGUUCUGCAAUCGGAAAGGGUUUUGGGUGAGGUAACUUUAGAUGAUUGCCAAUUCGUGGAUCCUUGCAAAAGACCAAAUACUUGCGAACACGGCGGUAAAUGCUCUGUUAAGGAAGAUACUUUAACUUGUGAUUGUAAGAACACUGGUUACAUCGGUAAAAACUGCCAUUUCACGAAGCAUCGAAAAACGUGCGAAGAAUUAGCUCUUCUUGGAUACACAAAACCGGACGUUUAUUUGAUUGACAUUGAUGGUAACGGAAGAUUCCCUCCAGCUCACGUGCGUUGCGAGUUUCAAAGUUUGGAAGAUUCAACCAAAACCAUAGUCGAGCACAAUUUACCCAGUCAAAUAGACGUGCGAUCUCCUUCAGAGAAAGACUUCAGUUUCAGCAUCAAAUACAGAGAGUUUACUGCAGAUAUGCUUCAAGAAUUGGUCUCGCAUUCUUUGAAUUGCAGCCAGUACAUCAAAUACGACUGUCUGAAAGCUCCAUUGGAAUUACACUCUGCCACUUGGUUCAUGAGUUCCGCAAAUCAAACUGUAGAUUUCAUAGGAGAUGUUAAGAGAGGGACUUGUCCGUGUUCCAUUGGAAGACAAUGCGAAAGUCCGUCUCAAUGGUGUAACUGUGAUGAUGUAGUUGAUGCUAAAUGGAAUGCGGAUGAUGGAUAUUAUACCAAGAGCUCGAGCUUAGGCAUCACGGAAAUGUUUUUCCUUCAGCAACCGAAUUUACCACCGGAUGCUUUAGGAAGGAUUACUUUGGGACCUUUGGAAUGCGUUGAAACAAAUACUCAAAAGUACGUGGUCACUUUUACCACAAGUCAAUCUUACAUCGAAGUCCCCGGUUGGAGGAAAGGUGAUUUGGCUUUUUCUUUUAGAACCACCGGAAAGAUUGCAAUUCUCUUAUAUCAACCUCCAAUUCGACCAAAUUACCCAAGCUUUAUGGUAGCAUUAACCAAUGAUUACCAGUUAACGUUUAACUUUACUUUAAACACUGGAGUAUCAAAGGAACUUGUAGUAACUUCUGAUAGGCGUUUGAAUGCUGGGGAAUGGCACAAGCUUUGGAUCGAUUACAACAAAUACCACGUGCGAUUCAUGAUCAACGAAGAGUACGCAAUGGAUAAUUUGAAGCCGGAGGAAGAGUUCGGACCUUUCGAAGGAUCAAUGUUCAUUGGAGGUGCUCCCGAUUUUCUCCAUCCGAAAUCGUCGGUGUCUCAAGGUCUGAUUGGCUGCUUCCGCGGUUUGGUGGUCAACGAUGAAGUGUUGGAUAUCUACAGUUACAUGAGCGUGCAUUUGAGCGAAAUUAUCAAAGAUUGUAAACCAUCCUGUGUUCCGAAUCCUUGCAAAAACGGUGCCCAAUGCAAAGAGCUUUGGAGCACUUUCGAAUGUAUUUGCCCGAAUCCUUGGGCCUACAAAGGGAUUUACUGCGAAACUAAUAUUAACACCAACGCUAUUACCUUUACUCAUCCGGAAUCGUAUCUGAAGAAGAACUAUUUGGGAGCUGAAGUUUCUGAAGAGAAAUUCGUGCUGAAGCAGAUUUUCGCCAGUCAAGUCCUAAUCAAUCUGCGCACAUACGAUUACACUUCGCUAAUUCUGUACGCCAACGAUCAUCUCAACAAUUUCGUGCACUUGUAUUUGGAGAAUGGAACGAACGUUGUCUACAUGUUCAAUUACGGAAAUACAAUCCAUAACAUCACUGUGGAAUACGCGGAAUUGAAUACGAGUAAAUCAGUGCAAAUCGCUAUUGUUAGGAGGCAAGAGAACACCACGUUGCACGUUAACGAUAAGAACAAUACCAUUCCCAUUGGCGUACAACUCUUGCAGAACUAUUUGAACAAACCUUGGACGAAUGCGGAGAAAGAAGUCCUCGCUCCGCCUAGACCACCCGCACCACCAACAGAUUAUUUCCAAUUGAAUUUAGGCGGUUACGACCCAGAGACUCUCAUCAAAAUAUCGGAUAAUCCGCCAAAUUUGCCUGGCUACGUUGGAUGCAUUCGCGGAUUGCAGAUCGGCCCGAGCCUCAUCGACUUACCAUCCAAAGUCAAAGAAAACGAUAGAGGAAUGGGUGUUAAAGCGCAUUGCGACAUGAAAUGUGAUUCGUUUCCUUGUAAAAACGAUGGCAUUUGCAUCGAAGACUUCCGAAAUCAGGAGCACGCUUGCAACUGCGAAUUGACUAGUUACUAUGGUGAAUUUUGCUCGGAUGAGAAAGGCGCCGAUUUCAGCGGAGAAUCUAUACUUUGGAGGGAAUAUUUUCUGAACGGAUCCGUGGAUUAUGUUAAAGUCCAAUUGGCUUUCUCUACAACUGACGUUAGGCAAAAGAAUACAGCUUUAUUGCUUCUACAAACGGAGAAUAGUCGAAGAUAUUACUUGCUGAUUGGUUUGACUCCUGAGGGAUACUUGAUAUUCCAAGAGGAUCGCGAGAGUGCCGUUUACAGCGCCAUAGUUGAGAAGAGUUUCAUCAACGGAGCAAGACAUUCCAUUUACUACAAGAGAAUGAAAAACGAGUCUGAACUUCUCGUGGAUAGAGACGUGAUCGUGAUGGCCCAAAUCCCGGCUUUGUCUUUCACAAGAAUACCAGAGAUGGGAGCCAACGAAGUGCAAAUUGGAGGUCACAACACGAGCGAUCCGCGUUUCGCAAUCUACAAAGAUUACAGCGGUUGCUUAUCAAACGUUUUUGUGCAAAUCAAUGAGCACGUUAUGAAACCCCUAGAAGAGUACAUGUUCUUCACCAAAGCCGGCGCCGAGAAGGUAAACGUAUCCAAUUCUCAAGGAGUGAGAAGCGCUCAGUGCAGUUCACAGUUCGAUCUGAGCCACAAGAAUCCAGUUGGACCCACAAAUCUGAACAUAAGCCAAGGAAAAGAUAAGACUUGGGUGGAAGAUGCUCCACAAAGGGUUGUCUACAAAUCUCAGUAUAAUACAGCGAGCGUUGAAGAGGAAGGACGCGAGAAGAUGGUUGUUAUUGUGUUGGCGGUGUUGUUCGUAGUCAUCAUCAUAGGUUCUUAUUACGAAGUAUAUAGAAACAACAAGCAGUACAAAAAGAGGAAGGAGAUGGAAACGGAUGCAAGUAUAUUGUGGUCCAAAGAACAAGCGCUGAAGCUUCAAGAACCUACCAGCAAAGCAGCAGAAAACGCUAUAGAUAAACCUAUAAUCAACGGAAAAUUACCCAGCAAAAACGGUACUGGAGGACAUCAAAAUGGAAAUCAUGUUGCUAAAGAGGUUUCAGCCGAUAAGCAACCUGUGGAUCAACUGAAUAAAACGGUCAAAGAAAAGAGGAUUUCGUUCAGAGAUGGUAAUAGUGAAGUGUCAUGGGAAUUGCCUGAAAACUCGGAAUUGUUGAGCGUUUGCGAAGAGGAUGAGGAGGAAAUCAAUACGUCCGACGAAGACGAGGUGGAUAAUAAGCAGGUGUUGCCAGUGACUCCACCGACUAGACUACGUUCAAAGUACCCUUCAACGGCCCACAAGAACCAUCUGGCCUCCCACAAGAUCGAAGAAUCUAUAGCAACUAUCGAAUACAACGCGUGAUGAACAAGGGCGGCCUUUUUUUUACUCUAUUAUUAUAUUUAUACUCGAUUAUCUAAUUAACUUCAUGUAUUUUCUUUUAAAUAUAAUUAAUCAACGUUGGAACGUGCCAAAUCGACGACUCAUCGAUAUUAUUAUUAAUACAGUUAUUAAUUAAUGCAUCUUCGGAACAAUUUUUGUGCUAAUUCAAUGUGCAGAAGAAUAUGCUCAACAAGUUAUUUCGAAAUUACGAGGUAACGUUUGUUAAACGGUGAAAUUUGUGAUUUAACGUUUAGUGUUACUCUACAUGUUAUUUAGAUCACUAGAGGAACUAGUCAGUGGAAUAAAGAUUUCUUAGAAAAAU